GACCGAUAGUCAGAUCGUAAAAAGCUGGUUUUAUUCAGACAAACUACUGGAACCGUUCGUGUCUAGAAGAAUGGACGAAAUUAGAAAAAAUAAAAAUCUAAUUGUGAGAUAUGUUCCAUCUGGACUUAAUCCAGCAGACACUGCAACACGACCAAGUACCUCAAAGAAAGAGAGAAAUGGGUGGUUAAAUGGACCCGCCUUCUUACGACAGGAUUCAAAGACCUGGCCAAAAAGCCCAGGUGCUGAAGUUUCUCUUCUGUUGGCGGAGGGUCUGUCUAACACAGAUAAUCAUCAAAAGGCUAAAACAUUGUCUGCCGAACCAAGUCCAGUAACAAACUUAGAUCCUCAAUUACAAGAAAUAAAACAGCUACAAGAAACAAUGUUUCCGGAAGAAGUACAAGGAAAGAAAACAAGUCUAGCUCGCAGCCUAGGUCUAUUCUGUGACACAAAUGGAAUACUAAGAUGUGACGGUCGUCUUGCGCAUUCAGACUUAUCUUACGACGCAAAACAUCCUAUUCUUUUACCAAAAGAAAGCGAAUUGACUGAAAAACUUAUAAAGGAAACUCAUGAAAAGAAUCUUCAUGUAGGAGUGGCUCAUACUUUAAGCCUUAUACGUCAGAAGUAUUGGAUACCUCAAGGUAGAAGUAAGGUCCAAAAAAACGUUAAGUAAAUGUCCAAGAUGCGUGAAACACGGAGGAGGUCCGUAUGAAUUACCCAAGACUCCUGCAUUACCGGUAGAAAGGGUGAAGUAUACAAAUUCAUUCGCUUAUACAGGAGUGGACUAUUUUGGACCAAUGGUCGUGAGAACGGAAAGCGGUCUAAAGAAAAGGUGGAUCUGCUUGUUUACGUGUCUAGUGAUCAGGGCAAUACACCUAGAAGUUGUCAAGGAUCUGACUACUAACGAAUGUCUUAUGGCAUUUAAGAGAUUCAUAGCUACAAGGGGGGCUCCGACUCUUAUAUUAACAGAUAAUGCCUCACAAUUUAGAUUGUUAGGAGAAAUAUUAACGGAAGAAGGAAAUUUUAUUACUAACAUAAAAUGGAAAUUUAUCCCACAACUUGCACCGUGGCAUGGAGGUGCUUAUGAAAGGCUAGUAGCAAUUGUUAAGCAUUGCUUAAAGAGAACGCUUCAAAAACAUAUGCUGGAAGACAAUCAACUUUUAACGAUUAUCAAAGAAGUAGAAGUGGUUACUAAUACCAGACCUCUCACUUAUGUAGGAUCAAAUGUAGAGCACAUACUUAAACCUGCGGAUUUUCUAACACCGGGAAAGUGUUUAAGUAUAGAAGUACUCAUGGAAGGUCUACCACUUUCAGGAUCACUGAUCAAACAACAACUUAUAGAAGGUUGGAAUCGUGGCAACAGAAUAAUGGAUGAAUACAAAGAAAUGUUUAUUAACCAAUACUUAUUAAGUCUCAGGGAAAGGUAUCGAAAUUCACCUAAACAGGCUAGGGUGAGGUCUCAUGAAAGUCCAAUGGUUGGAGAUAUAGUACAAAUAAAGGGUGAAGCCAAAAAUAGAGAAGGAUGGAAGGUAGGAAAAAUUUCAGAAUUAAUAAAAGGAAAAGACGGUUUGUGCAGGGUUGCAAAGGUAAAAGUGGGAGACAGUGUGUUCACAAGAUCCAUAGCACAUUUGUAUCCUCUGGAAGCGGAUGAAGAGGCAUCAUUCCAAGAUUCUACGAAAGAAUCCCCAGUGUAUGAAGAUAAAGAAUUACACAUCCGCACUGAUGGUCUUUCUCAGUCCUUACCAUUAAGAACUGAAGAGAGUAACGUCUAUGUUCCUACUAGCUCUAUCAAAGAUCAUCAAAAACUAAGCAAGAAUAAUGAAAACGAUUUAACGAUGGAUCAGAGCGAGUUGUUGGAGAAUACAAGUUCGACACAAAUUAUGGAAACCACUCCAGAACCAGUUCCUUCUGGCAUAGACACAGAAAUGAAUGAUGAAGCGACGUCGAGUCACCAGGCUGAACCAAGUGAUCAACGUCGAGUAGCUGCCGUUCAGGCUAUGGAAAGGAUCCAUAGAUGGACGCAAGAAUUAAUGUCAACUAUCCAAUAAACUCUAUCAAAGAGGCGGGGCAGUGUCGCGAAAUACGCGAUGAUUGUGAAUGCAUACAUAGCAACACUAAGUCCGGAAACGGAAUAGAAAGAAAAACAAAAUAUAUUGUCGAUGGUCGUGGGGAGAAUCAUUGUGCUCUGCUCACCUGCAAUCUUAACCUGGAGUUCUGGGCAUCCCGGGCCAUGUCGUGAGAAGCAAUUAUAAGGUAAGGAUGACCAUAUUUCUACCGUACAGAUUAAAGCCUCAUUUAUCAUAAUGUUAGAUUUUGUAUGUUCAUAGACAAAGUUACAUAAUAACACCAACAAGCGAAGCAGGUAAUUUGUAAUUACUGAGUUAUAAUUUAUAUUGAACUAAGGCAUAAGCUAUAGUGUUGAAAGAUCUCAUAAAUUCCACUAUUAAUUUUAUCAUAAAUAA